AUGAACCACAAGGCCCAAGCGAGUCAGGCGAGUGCCAUUAAGAUCAAACAGCAGAACAAGCUGAAGGCGAAGAAGCAAUACUCUAAAAAGACAAUGGAGCAACAGAAGGCGCAGAAGCAGAGGGAGGCCUCAUUUAUCCCGUUUGACAAGGAAUCGACUCUCUUGCUCGUGGGUGAAGGUGAUUUUUCCUUCGCGAAGUCCAUUGUCGAGAAGGGUUAUCUUUUACCGGAGAACCUGAUCGCCACCAGUUUUGAUGCCUCCAUCACAGAACUGAAACUGAAAUAUCCAAACAGUUUUGAGGAGAACUACCAGUACUUGGUGGAUGCUGGGGUCAAGAUAUUCUUCCAAAUUGACGCUACCAAUCUAAUCCGCAGUUUCAAAUUGUCCAAACAUACACCAUGGAAGAAACAAUUGGGGAAAGAAUGGGCGCACAAGUUCUUGAACAACAUCAUGUUCAACUUCCCUCACACAGGGAAAGGUGUCAAAGACCAGGACAGGAAUAUCAGAGACCACCAGGAAUUGGUUUUCGGGUACUUUGAUAGUGCGAAACAACUGUUCAACUUGGUGAACUCAUAUAUCAAGCAGGCAAAGACCACACACACACAAGGUUAUGAUCUGGGGGAACAGACAAACGGGAAAGGUACAGGUCUCGACGACAUCUGCGGGAAAAUCAUAAUCUCGACGUUCAGCGGUGAACCGUACAGUUCGUGGGAGAUUAAGACGCUGGCUAAGGACAAUGACUUGCAACUGGACAGGUCGUGCAAGUUUGAAUGGUCGAAUUAUUCUUCGUACCACCACAAGCGGACGAACAGUGAACAAGACACGACUAAACCUGCUGAAAUGAGAGAUGCGAGAAUCUACAUUUUCAAAGAAUACGACAGGACAAGGAAGACUACCUCCCGUACAAAAGAAGAUAGAGACUAG